AUGGAGCGGAGACGCAUCGCCUCUGUUGCUCGCCGCUCCUACACCUCCUCCGCCGAGAUGGUGCUGGGGGGCUCAGCGCCCGGGCGCCGCCUGGGGCCCGGCGCCCGCCUCUCCCUGGCCCGAACGUCUGUUCCACUCCCAGCCCGAGUGGACUUCUCGCUGGCCGGCGCGCUCAACGCCGGCUUCAAGGAGACCCGGGCCAGCGAGCGAGCCGAGAUGAUGGAGCUCAAUGACCGCUUUGCCAGCUACAUUGAGAAGGUUCGCUUCCUGGAGCAGCAAAACAAGGCGCUGGCUGCCGAGCUCAACCAGCUGCGGGCCAAGGAGCCCACCAAGCUGGCCGACGUCUACCAGGCCGAGCUGCGGGAGCUGCGGCUGCGGCUCGAUCAGCUCACGGCCAGCAGCGCCCGGCUGGAGGUGGAGAGGGACAAUCUGGCGCAGGACCUGGGCACCCUGAGGCAGAAGCUCCAGGAUGAGACUGAGCUGAGGUUGGAGGCUGAGAACAACCUGACCACCUACAGACAGGAGGCGGAUGAAGCCACCCUGGCCCGCCUGGAUCUGGAGAGGAAGAUUGAAUCCCUGGAGGAGGAGAUCCGGUUCCUGAGGAAGGUCCACGAGGAGGAGGUGCGGGAACUCCAGGAGCAGCUGGCCCAACAGCAGGUGCACGUGGAGCUGGAUGUGGCCAAGCCCGACCUCACAGCAGCCCUGAGAGAGAUCCGCACGCAGUAUGAGGCAGUGGCAUCCAGCAACAUGCAUGAGGCCGAGGAGUGGUACCGCUCCAAGUUUGCAGACCUGACGGAUGCUGCUGCCCGCAACGCGGAGCUGCUCCGCCAGACCAAGCACGAGGCCAACGACUACCGGCGCCAGCUGCAGGCCCUGACCUGCGACCUGGAGUCCCUGCGUGGCACGAACGAGUCCCUGGAGAGGCAGAUGCGCGAGCAGGAGGAGCGCCACGCGCGGGAGGCGGCGGGCUACCAGGAGGCGCUGGCCCGGCUGGAGGAGGAGGGGCGGAGCCUCAAGGACGAGAUGGCCCGCCACCUGCAAGAGUACCAGGACCUGCUCAACGUGAAGCUGGCCCUGGACAUCGAGAUCGCCACCUACAGGAAACUGCUGGAGGGCGAAGAGAACCGCAUCACCAUCCCCGUGCAGACCUUCUCCAACCUGCAGAUCCGAGGGGGCAAAAGCAGCAAAGAAGGGGAAAGUCACAAGGUCACCAGACAUCUCAAAAGCCUCACAAUACAAGUUGUCCCAAUACAGGCUCACCAGCAGAUUGUAAACGGAGCCCCGCCGGCGCUCGAGACCAGCCUGGACACCAAGUCCGUGUCAGAAGGCCACCUCAAAAGGAACAUUGUGGUGAAGACCGUGGAGAUGCGGGACGGCGAGGUCAUUAAGGAGUCCAAGCAGGAGCACAAAGAUGUGAUGUGAGGCGUGGCCCACUGGUGGCCCUGCCCCACAGCAGGUGCAAGAGAGCUGCCCCUCCUCGCUUAGCUCAGUCCCCCGGACCUGCAAGCCCACCCGGCCCGGCUGCCCGCGCUCCCUGCUCUGUCCCUACAGCAGCCUGCUGCCCUAGGCUCCAUCUGCAGUAGCUCAGCCAGACGGCACCCACCCUGCACCCAGCGAUUCCAACUAACAGGGCCCUCCCUCCUAAGGGGCAGUCUGGAGGGGUAUGGCCAGCAGCCCGGGUUAGAAUAAGGAGGAAGGAGAGGAGUCGGGGAGGGCAGAGGACCUAACAGAACACAUCCUGGAUCCCUGUUGUUAUGACAACUGUUGCCGGAGCCGGAGGCCCUCCGAGCCGUUGGGUUCCCUUAGGUUGCUGGAGGGAAAGAGACCCGAGACGGGGAAGCCUCCACAGGCAAGGUGGCCCUGGCCAGAGGCUCCUUGUUCUACAUUGACGCUCAUCAGUCUGAGAGUGGGCAGAGCUGUCCCCCACCUGGGGUAGUCCCCGGGCCAUAGUGCCGGCCUCCCGGAUCCCAGAUGGGCCUUCCUGUGUGAUGGCUCACAAGUCUCAGCCCCCCUGGGCUGCCCUCCAGGGAGCCGGGCUGUGGGCAGGUGGGAGCUUGGUGCGCAGCACUUGGGGGAUCUACAGUGAAGUGGAGAGGGAAGGGGUGCUAGAAGGGAGUAGAGGGGCUGCGUGGCCCCUAGGCGUGAGUGCAGAGAGGUCAAACCCAUGAGGACACCCCCCCCACAGGCUGGAGGGGGGUGCUAGGAGAGAGGGUAGAGGCGGUGGUCGGGGCAAUGCUAGACAUCAGAGCAGGGUGGGUGUGGCUGACCAGCUACACUGGGCAUCUGUGUUGUGGAAUUCAAGGAAGUGACAACUUCUGGAAGACGGAGGAGGAGAGAGGGGGGCUGUUGUCCGCAGGGGCAGGGCACAACGCUGUCCCGGUCCUGAGACGCCUUCCUUGCUACAUAACCCCUGUCCAGCCUGGCCUCUGAAGCCACCUCCACCCCGCACCCGCUUCUCCCUACGCCGAGGACCCCUGCAGUCCCUCUCACACACAAAGUGUAGCUGGCAGCUCCCUGUUUUGUAACUGGGGACACUGAGGCACAGCACGGUGAAGACAUCCGGUUGUGUUCCUACAGCCUGGACGCCCGCCCCAGAGCACCUGCUCUGCUUUCCUGGGGCAGACCGGCGGGCAUGGGGUGAGCAUCUGUGCCCACAGUCAGGUGGGGGGCUAAGGUCCCACCCCAGGGUCCUCCUCUCCCUUCUAAGGCCAGAAGGAGGCAGAGGUGGGGCCCCUCCCCCUUCCCAAGACUUGGUGUCCCCUCCCCCACUUCCUGCCACUGCCACUGCUGCUGUAGCCUUUAGUCACUGAGGGAAAAAUAAAGAUAAGUUCUGCGGCCUUGCCCAGAGUGGAC